AUGACCACACUGGCCGGAGCUGUGCCCAGGAUGAUGCGGCCGGGCCCGGGUCAGAACUACCCGCGCAGCGGGUUCCCGCUGGAAGUGUCCACUCCCCUCGGCCAGGGCCGGGUCAACCAGCUCGGAGGUGUUUUUAUCAACGGCAGGCCACUACCCAACCACAUCCGCCACAAGAUCGUGGAGAUGGCCCACCACGGCAUCCGGCCCUGCGUCAUCUCCCGCCAGCUGCGUGUGUCCCACGGCUGCGUCUCUAAGAUCCUAUGCAGGUAUCAGGAGACCGGCUCCAUCCGCCCUGGCGCUAUUGGUGGCAGCAAGCCCAAGCAGGUGACAACGCCUGACGUGGAGAAGAAAAUAGAGGAAUACAAAAGAGAGAACCCCGGCAUGUUCAGCUGGGAAAUUCGAGACAAAUUACUCAAGGACGCGGUCUGUGAUCGAAACACCGUACCCUCAGUGAGUUCCAUCAGCCGCAUCCUGAGGAGUAAAUUCGGGAAAGGCGAAGAGGAGGAGGCCGACCUGGAGAGGAAGGAGGCAGAGGAGAGUGAGAAGAAAGCCAAACACAGCAUCGACGGCAUCCUGAGCGAGCGAGCCUCGGCACCGCAAUCAGAUGAAGGCUCUGACAUCGACUCUGAACCAGACUUGCCCCUCAAGAGGAAACAGCGCCGGAGCCGCACCACCUUCACAGCUGAACAGCUUGAAGAGCUGGAGCGGGCUUUUGAGAGAACCCACUAUCCUGACAUUUACACCAGGGAGGAACUGGCCCAGAGGGCAAAGCUUACGGAGGCCCGAGUACAGGUCUGGUUUAGCAACCGCCGUGCAAGAUGGAGGAAGCAGGCUGGGGCCAAUCAACUGAUGGCUUUCAACCAUCUCAUUCCCGGGGGAUUCCCUCCCACAGCCAUGCCAACCCUGCCAACGUACCAGCUCUCGGAGACCUCUUACCAGCCCACAGCUAUUCCACAAGCCGUGUCGGACCCCAGCAGCACCGUCCACAGACCUCAGCCGCUUCCUCCGAGCACUGUACACCAAAGCACUCUUCCUUCCAAUCCGGACAGCAGCUCUGCCUACUGCCUUCCCAGCACCAGGCAUGGAUUUUCCAGCUAUACAGACAGCUUCGUGCCUCCAUCCGGGCCCUCCAACCCCAUGAACCCCGCCAUUGGCAAUGGCCUUUCACCUCAGGUAAUGGGACUUCUGACCAACCACGGCGGGGUACCCCAUCAACCCCAGACUGACUACGCGCUCUCGCCUCUCACUGGGGGCCUGGAACCUACCACCACGGUGUCGGCCAGCUGCAGUCAGAGACUAGACCAUAUGAAGAGCUUGGACAGUCUGCCGACCUCUCAGUCUUAUUGUCCACCCACCUAUAGCACCACGGGCUACAGUAUGGACCCUGUCACGGGCUAUCAAUAUGGGCAGUAUGGACAAAGUGCCUUUCAUUAUCUCAAGCCAGAUAUCGCAUAA